AUGUUGUCAGUUGCAAUGCAGUUCAAAGAAGUCUUCCCUCGUUUUCAAGAUCGAGAACCAAGCUAUACAACUCUUCCAGAUGAUGAUGAUUGGGAAAAGGUUGAAAAAGUUUCCAAGUUGCUAGAGGUAUUUCGAAUCAAACUAGUUUUAGAUCAAGCUAUCCAAGAUGAAUAUGAUUUUAUGAAAGAAAUGGCAAAAGCGAUGAAGGGAAAAUUUGACAAAUAUUGGAGCCAAUUUGAAGCUAGAAAAAAUAUAGAAAAUGUGCGUAUCGCGCUUGAUGAUAUGUACAAAGAGUAUGCUGAUAUACUUAGUGAGCAUAGUGAAGAAGGAUCUAGUAGAAGUGGUGUUGAUCAAAAUGGGCUUAUUUUGGAGUCACAAAAAUCCUCAGGGUGGUCAUUGUUAAUGAAUUAUGUCGAAGAACAACAAGCAAUUCCUACUGUAAAAUCUGAAAUUGAAGAGUAUUUGAAUGAGCCAACUUACAAACCUAAAGAUAACGGCCAUAUGUCAUUUUGUGCCUUGGAAUGGUGGAAAUUGAAUUGUGGAAAAUAUAGAGUGUUGUCCCAUAUGGCAGUAGAUGUUCUUGCCAUUCCAAUAUCUACUGUGGCUUCGGAGUCAACCUUUAGCGCCGGAGGGAGAGUUAUCGAUUCAUUUCGAGCUUCUUUAAGUUCAUCUACUGUCGAAGCUUUAAUUUGUGGUGGUGAUUGGCUUCGAAUAUUGCAUGGAAUUAGGAACAAACCUAAGGUGGAGCAAAUGCAAACAGAAAUAACAUUACUCCCUUGA